AUGCCAAGUAGCAAUGUCUUCAGUGCCCAAGAGCGGGACCAUAGGAGGCUGGCCGCGGCAGCCCUGCCCCUGGGCCUCACGAUGGCGGCCACCGGAGACGAGGGGGACAAUGGCCCGUGCGUGUACGAGGCCCUGCCUGACAACGACGCUGUUCUCUGCAAGGGCCUCAAGGUUUUCUACCCAGAGUUGGGGAACCUCAGCUGCAUGGUUGUUCCGGAAUGCCACAACUACAGACAGAAGAUCACCUACUGGACCGAGCCGAUCGUCAAGUUCCCUGGGGCCUUGGAUGGUGCAACCUACAUCCUGGUGAUGGUGGAUCCAGAUGCCCCCAGCAGGUCUUCUCCCAUAGCUUGAUUCUGGAGACAUUGGCUGGUGACAGAUAUCCAGACGGCCAACUUCUCAAAGUAUGCUUCCUUGGAGAGCAAGGAGGAGGAGGGGAAACAAGCUCUCUCUGACUCCCAAAGAGGCACUAAUCCCAUCAUGAAGGCCCCACCCCCCUGA